AUGUCAGGCAAUGAGGGACAUGCCGUUAGCUAUUCGCUGAUAAGGCCCCGUCACGACGCGUCUUACAAGAGUGCCAAGAUACUCGAAGAUCUCGCUAAGCCUGCAUGGAUUGCUCCGAGCCUCCAUACAGGAACCAAACCAGGAGUGCGAUCAAUUAGACGACACAGACUUGUUUCCGCAUCGCCCGACAGUUCUUCGAAUCAUAGCGUAUCAGAUUCUAGCGAUUCCGAGGACGAUAGUGAGUCUAGCGACGAACUAUCGGAGACGGAUGAAGGGGAUGAAGACAGCGAUGGCAGCGAUGAAGAGCAGCUUUGCUGCUGGUAUGGGGCGCAGGAACUCAGAUUUGACAAUCAAAGGAAAGAUGACUACGGCAACUUGAUAGCAUCAAAUAGGUCUAAUCAUCAUCGGGUUACCUACUGUGCAUGUUUGACAAAGUCUGGCCCGUUGGAUUGGAAAGAUCUGCGUCGGCUGAUUCAACACCUGACAGUGUUCAUCGACCAUAGUUUCCCCUUGUUGGCUGCGCCAGAAGUCGAUGACUUUGUCAGUAUCGCGACGGAUAUCCAUCAGGCCGAAACCUGCACGUCACUCAUGGCGCAUUCUUGGCCGGUCUGGCUAUCCACAACGAUAUCGAUUCUCAACUGA